AUGGACUCACCCGCCUCGCAGCCCGACGAGCCCCAGCAGCCCGUGGCUGGCUCCCCCUCCGACUUCCUCAAGAACAUUGUCGGCAAGAAGGUCAAGGUCCGCAUCGGCAGCGGCAUCGACUACCACGGUCUCCUUACCUGCCUCGAUGGCUACAUGAACGUUGCGCUUGAGGACACUGAGGAGUGGGCGAACGGCCGCUUGACUGCAAAGUACGGCGACACCUUCCUUCGCGGCAACAAUGUUCUCUACAUCUCUGCCCUCGAGGACUUGUAA